AUGGAUGCUGAAAUAUACUCAAUAGACUACGCAAACAAUCGCGCAAGCGAAAUAAAAGAGAUUGAAAGAAGCAUAAAAGAAACAAGGAAGAACAAAAUGCUGUUUCAAACGCUUCCCUUCCACAAAAGAAGAAGAACAGCCUCUUUUGACGAGCGGCGGCUCCCUAAAGAGCUGCGGCGAGGAGAGCGCACAAAAAGAAGAAGAGUCAGGCAGACAGUGAAAGACCAGAAAAAUCUGCUAAAGGCCCACACAUGGUACGCCAAAAGGUUCACAAUGUACAAAAGAAAGGAGAUGCAUCUCCCCUUUAAAAGACACUCAAAGAGCGACAGUUUUAUUGCCAAAGCACUGAACACAAGAGGCGUGCUGUGCGACAUUUCAUACAAUAGAGUCUACUUGAGCGAAAAAAAGCAUCCAACAGGCGCUGUGUUUGACCAAACAUACAACCGAGCUAUUUUCUGGAGCCCUUUGAUAGAGCCCAAAAGCCAUGAGAAAGUGCAGAAUAACGAUCUGGCAAGGAGAAGCAUUGUCAUCACAGAGACAUUAGAGUGCUUAACUACUGAGCCACUAGAGACAUUUAGAGAAAUAGAGAAUUUGUCAAUAUUUGAAAUAUUUGGCGCACAGUCUCUCUUUUCAAAAACCGAAUGUGUAAACUGCCAGACGGUUGAAGAUCUUUUGAGCUCCACCGAGCUGGCAUACAUUUGUCUUCGACUGCAGGACAGAGCAUACAUACUUGUCUCAAGAAAACACUGCAUGGCUCUGCUGCAGAAAGCGGUAGUAUCAGGGAUUGUGCCUUGCAGCAUACUUGAGCUGCGCAGAAUUGCAACUGAGACAGAAAGAGUUGUGUAUCCCUACGACAUACCGUGCCAUCCCCAAGGAAAGGCCUUUCUAGAGCACAUUCGCACGCUGCAGGAAGAAGAACAGAGUAAAAAGCCAAAGGGAAAAAAGGAAGUAGUGUUUCUACCAAUCUAUGAAAACACGUUGGAAAAACAGACAAUGGCGCUCUUCCAGGCAAACAAAGGAAGCUUUCCAAGCAGAUCACCGGUGGUGCAGAGCGAAAAAACUGAUGAUUUUGCCAUGAGUGGAGCAGAGGAAGUGAUCGGAGAGGUGGGAAGGUCUUCUUUUUCAUUCGCAAAGGGGAAAACAGCAGGCUUGAUUUAUAUUGAUGAAAAUGUAAAGAUAACAAAAAAUCUUUUUAUCAGGAAUCUAAAAAACAAGACCUUCAGAAAAAUAGAGUACCAAAUAGUGGAUUCUACCAUGAUGCUGUAG